AUGCUUAUCAAAGAGUAUCACAUCCCCAUGCCGAUGAGCGUGGAGGAGUACCGCAUCGCCCAGCUCUACAUGAUCCAGAAAAAGAGCCGGGAAGAGAGCUGCGGCGAGGGCAGUGGCGUUGAGAUCCUCAAGAACAAACCCUACACGGACGGACCUGGCGGGACCGGCCAGUACACCCACAAGGUUUACCACAUCGGCAUGCACAUUCCCGGCUGGUUCCGCUCCAUCCUACCUAAAGCCGCGCUCAGGGUGGAAGAGGAGUCCUGGAAUGCCUACCCCUACACACGCACCAGAUACACGUGUCCCUUUGUGGAAAAGUUCUCCAUUGACAUAGAGACCUACUACAUGGGCGACGCAGGCGGCCAGCAGGAUGUUUUCAACAUGUCCGCUGCUGACAAGAGGCAGAGGACCAUCGACCCCAUCGACAUUGUAAGCGACCACAUCCCUCCCCACGAGUACAAGGCGGAGGAGGACCCGCGGCUGUACAAAUCGGCCAAGACGCAGAGGGGCCCCCUGCGGGACGACUGGAUCCUAGAGUACCGGGAGAACCCGGGUCUGACUCCCAUCAUGUGCGCCUACAAGCUGUGCAAGGUGGAGUUUCGCUACUGGGGCAUGCAGUCCAAGAUCGAGAGGUUCAUCCACGACGUGGGGCUGCGAAAGGUGAUGGUGCGCGCCCACCGGCAGGCCUGGUGCUGGCAAGACGAGUGGUACGGCUUGACCAUGGAGGACAUCCGGCAGCUGGAGCUGGAGACUCAACUGGCUCUGGCCAGGAAAAUGGCGGAGUUCUGCCAGGCCCAGGAGGCCAACGGAGACGCUCCGGCCCAGGAGCGGAAGGCGGAGGAGGUCGCUGAGGUCGCCGCGGAAGCUGAGGUGCCUGCUGAGGCCGCGCCCGAAAUCGCGGCCCGUGUCCCGGACACGUUGCGGCCCCGCGGCGUGCUGGUUAAGCAGUGGUCCGCCUCCUCGCGCUCCUCCCGCUCCUCCAAACGGGGAGUGAGCCCGUCCCGACACAGCAUCUCAGAGUGGAGGAUGCAGAGCAUCGCGCGAGACUCUGACGACAGCUCCGACGAAGAGUUCUUUGACGCUCAAGAGGAUUUCUCAGACGGCGAGGAGGUCUUACCCAAGCCGAUGGCUAAAUGGAACUCCAACGACCUCAUGGACAAGAUGGAGGCUUCCGACACGGAAGAACACUCCGGUGAGCUCUUCAAAGAUGUGGCGGUGGACUACGACACGGCGGCUGUUGGGGAAAGACUUCCUGAGGAGAGCUCAUCCCAGCAGCCCUCUAAGAUCCACGUGCUGAUCCUGGUCCUGCACGGCGGCAACAUCCUGGAUGCUGGUGGCGGCGAGCCCAGCGGCAAACAGGCUGACGUUAACACCAUCGGCGCCUCCUUCGAUUCUGUCAUGCGCGUCCACUACCCAGCAGCAGUGGGCCGCCUGGCCGUCCGCCUGGUCCCAUGUCCCAACAUAUGCGCUGAGGCCUUCUCGCUGGUCUCCAACCUGAGCCCGUAUGGCUACGACGAAAGCUGUCUGUCCAGCAGCCAAGAUCACAUCCCACUGGCGGCGCUCCCCCUGCUGGCUACGUCGGCGCCGCAGUACCAGGAGGCCGUUACCACCGUAGUCGCCCGGGCAAAUCAGGUCUACGCCGACUUCAUCAAGUCUCUAGACGGGGCCGCUUUCUCCGGACAGGUAUGCCUGAUAGGGGACUGCGUGGGAGGAAUCCUGGGCUUCGACGCUCUUUGCAGCAGCAACCAGACGGUCAACGAAAGCCAGAACAGCAGCCGUCGGGGCAGUCUCGUCAGUGACCAGGACCUCCUUUCGCCAGCUGGCAUCCUGAACUGCGGGCAGGGGUCGGCCUCACCCACUCUGGAGGGUAGCCGCCACCUGAGCCGCAGCAACGUCGACAUCCCGCGCUCUGUCUCAGCCACUGACGACAACAAGAAGCGGCAGCUGCGGCGCAAGAGGAGCGACUCGUCCGCCUACGAGCCGGACACGAUCAAGCAGCACCAGGCCUUUCUGUCCAGUUUAUAUUCCGGAAUUUUGCGGGUCGACGGGGCUUCGCGCAGGUCGAGCAGCAGCAUGGUGCUGGACGGCGGCUCGCCGGGAAAGCUUGACUUCGAAGUGGCCGACUUUUUCCUUUUCGGCUCGCCGCUGGGCCUGGUGCUGGCCCUAAGAAAGACCGUCAUCCCCACGCUGGACGUGGCGCAGCUGCGUCCCGCCUGUCGGCAGGUUUACAACUUGUUCCAUCCGGCUGAUCCGUCCGCCUCGCGACUGGAGCCUCUCCUGGAGAGGAAGUUCCACUUGCUGCCUCCCUUCAACGUGCCCCGCUACCAACGCUUCCCAUUAGGGGAUGGAAAUUCCACUCUGCUGGCGGAUGCUGUUCAGUCCCACGGGGGCGUCUUCGCGGACACUUCCUACCCCUCGUCCCCCGUCGCGGGCUCCUUCUCUGGCGGGCGACGCCGUGCCAGCGAGCUCAGCAUCGCCAGCCAGGUGUCUGGAAUGGUGGACGCUGACGUCGCCGGCAACAUAGCCAACAUUGCAGCUCGCUGGUGGGGCACCAAGCGGAUGGACUUUGCCCUCUACUGCCCCGACGCACUGACCGCCUUCCCAACUGUGGCGCUGCCUCACCUUUUCCACGCGUCCUACUGGGAGUCCACCGACGUGGUGUCUUUCCUCCUCCGACAGGUGAUGAGGCACGACAACUCCAGCAUUCUGGAAUUGGACGGCAGAGAAGUGUCAGAGUUCACGCCUUCCAAACCUCGCGAGAAGUGGCUGCGCAAGAGGACUCAUGUGAAAAUCAGGAACGUGACGGCCAACCACCGAGUCAACGACGCGGUGUUCACCGAGGACGGCCGGCAGACGUUGAGCGGUCGCUUCAUGUACGGCCCUCUGGAUAUGGUCACCCUGGCUGGCGAGAAGGUGGACCUGCACAUCAUGACACAGCCUCCGUCGGGAGAAUGGCUUUACUUCGACACAGAGGUCACCAACGGUAGCGGCCGUGUGUCCUUUGCGCUUCCUGACGACAAGCGCCUGGGCGUCGGUGUCUACCCUGUCAAAAUGGUCGUCAGGGGCGACCACACGUUUGCUGACAGCUACCUGACAGUAGUACCCCGCGGCACAGAGUUUGUGGUGUUCAGCAUCGACGGCUCCUUUGCCGCUAGUGUCUCCAUUAUGGGCAGCGACCCCAAAGUGCGGGCGGGGGCGGUGGACGUGGUCAGGCACUGGCAGGACCUGGGUUACCUGAUAAUCUACGUGACGGGGCGACCGGACAUGCAGAAGCAGAGGGUGGUGGCCUGGUUGUCACAGCACAACUUUCCGCAUGGCAUCGUGUCCUUCUGCGACGGCCUGGUGCACGACCCGCUCAGGCACAAGGCCAACUUCCUUAAGGCCUUGACCGAGGCGAACAUGAAGAUAUUUGCCGGCUACGGCUCCAGCAAAGACAUCUCUGUCUAUGCCUCCAUCAACCUGCAUCCGUCGCAGAUCUUCAUCGUCGGUCGGCCUUCCAAGAAGAUGCAGCACCAGUGUCAGUUCAUCACGGAAGGCUACGCUUCCCACCUGUCCCAGCUGGAGCACAAUCAGCGCUCGCGUCCGGCCAAGUCGGGCAGCGCCCGCGCGGUCCUGCGCAAGAGCAGCUUCGGCCUGGGUGCCAACAGCGACUUCCUGCGCAAACGCAACCACCUGCUGCGGACCAUCUCCUCGCAACCCCCCGUGACCACGGCAACGGGCGGCGGCCACGGCCGCCCCGAGCGCACACAGAGCCAGUCGGACGGCGAUCGCUCCGCGUCCCGCGCGCACGCUCAGGGAGCCGCGCAGCGCAGCAUGAGCCUCGCGGCGGGAUGCUGGGGACGCGGUGGACCCAAAUGA